AUGUUUAAGGAGCUCUUUGUUACAAUUGAAGUGGAUGUUUUCUAUUACGCUAGAUUUCAAGGUUCGUUUAUUUUUAUCAAUUUGGUUUCUAAAGUUAAUUUCACAUGGUCUUACUUGGCGAUCCAAAUUAGUGAACAAAAGGAGAACAAGUUAAAAGUGGCUUGUGAUUGGGACGAAGAAUCUCUAAAUCAUUAUGACACGAACGUCAAUUUUACUGCAUCAGUGAGACAACGUAAUAUGUGGUGUUGA